AUGUCUAGCGAGGUCGAGCAACACGGUUUCAGGAGGAAGAGGAGGCGAUUUGCGCGCAGAGCUGAUCGUGUGCUUCAGGAAAAUACUGAUGACCAAGAGCGAAGUGAUAGUGCCAAUGAUCUGGGGAACUUCCCCCAUGUGGACUUUGUGCGUCUCAUAUCUCUCAUCAUUGAGCAUGAAAUACCAAUCCUCUUCCCUGGAAGCAUGCGUCCGAGGAACACAUUUGCUAUGCUUGGGGCGGGCGGCUCCUUUCUCGUCUUCAGGGAAGAACGAACCAUGGAUCAGCUCGUCCUCCCGCCUGGCCAAAUCCGGUCUCUUGAUGACAGUAUUGUACUCAAGCGGACGAGAAUUCUCGAUCCCUUGAACUCCAGUUCCCGGGAAGAGCAAAACCCUCGAUACGCAUCGCUACUAGCAGAGCUCCAAAUUUUGCUACAUUCAAGCAUAAUGGAGCAUCCAAACUUUAUUGAUCUGCAAGGUCUGACAUGGGACUAUGAGACAGAUGAUCAAGACGGCUCAAUAUCAGUUUGGCCGGUCCUGGGACUGCAACAGGCCUUAUAUUCCAUGGAUACCUUGUCAGAUGAGCUUUCCGAUGCACCUUUAUCCCAAAAGCUCCAGUAUUGUUACGAUAUUGCCAAAGCGCUAUCAUUUCUCCACGAUCGUGGAGUAGUACAUUGCGACGUCAAGGCUGAGAAUGUACUGAUCUGCGUGACUUCAGCAUCGGGUGACAUUGCAAAACUCAGCGACUUCGGAUCAGCAAUUAUGGAUGUUACCGCAGACACCAAUUUGCCUAAAGGUGUGGCAGGCACGAGACCAUGGAACGCCCCGGAACAAUCCCACUCAUUGCAAGGCUUGGGAAUAUUCAAGGUUGAUGUGUUCUCAUACGGGAUGCUUCUGUGGCGGUUUUUAUGUCGCUCUUCGAUUCUCCAGGCAAUACAAUCACCUCACCAGUACAGGAGAGAGGCUCUUAUUGAUGAGAUCGAGUCCUUGAAGCGGUCUGACGAACUGUCCAGCACAGCAGUCAAGGAGUUGCAAGUUCAAAGUACCGAGAGGGGCUUAGAGGUCAUCGCGGGAUUGCUGCAGGAAAUGCUUGCUCUGAAGCCAACGAAGCGGUGUGGUAUGACACAACCAGUCACGAUGCUAGAGCCAUUACUCCACCCUCCACCAGAGAGCCCAACCUUGGUAUCCAGAGAGCCGCCCACUACAUCCAAUUGGGAAUCUAAGUCCACUGGACUGCCGAGUCAGCAUCGGGAGACAUCAAGUUCUCCUGCCAGCUUUCCGGAUAGCAGAAUAUUUCCGGUUCCACCUGAGCCUUUUUACAAUGAAUUUGAUAGGACUUGGGAGAUGUUCGAAGACGAAAGCCCUAUUGUGAAGCAACAACUCAUCACCUCUCUGAAAUUCGUGGCUAAUCAGAUAAGUGAAGACGCCUCGAUGGCAGCGGAAGCAGCCUAUCAGCUUUCGGUAUGCUACGUCAAUGGGUUUGGUGUAGCGCCAGACUUGUGUGCGGGCUGCAGAUGGUCCGUCCAGGCCGCGCACUUGGGGAGCAGCAAGGCGAAAGCAGAUAUCUGGAGAUUGACGCGCGUCCAGCAUUCUGCAUUAAGGGAAGUUGAUAGCCGACUUCAAUCCUCUACCAUAUUCCACUGGCUCGGUGAGGCUACACGAAUGGGAUCAAUCCAAGCCGCAAAGGAUCUCAAGCCACUUGACCCUGAGAGCUUCACAGUCGCAAUGUCAGCAUGGAAACAUCGGUUUGCCCUUAUCCGCGUUGAAGACGAGAUGCGUAUCCCAAGCCAUGCUAAGGUGCUGGAACUGGGCCGCAGUCUGACCGCAAGAGAAAUCAACACCACCGCGCUCAACGAUCGUGGUCACCAUCUGAUCCAUCUGGCGGCCUCGUUAGAAUUUCUCGAUAUCCUCCGGAAGCUUGUCGAGGAUGGCGCCAACAUAAAUCUACAAAAUGCUAAAGGCGAGACUGCUUUGCUUUGCGCUUGCCGCGCAGGAAACGCACAAGCCGCCUGGUACCUCCUUGGACAUGGAGCUAGUGUGGAAGCUUCUACAAGCGGAGAAACUCCUCUACAUUGGUUGAUUGCCCUACCUGAGUCUGAAGUCGACCGUCUCGCCUGUGCCCUGAUCGCUCAAGGUGCAGAUUUGGAAGCUCAACACACCGAAACUGAGAUUAACAACCUUGUUUUCGAUAUAUUCCCUCUGGGUACUCCACUUGACUGGGCUGUUCAUGCAGGCGCACUUGCUGUAGUUGAAGUGCUCAUUAAACACGGAGCAGAUCCCUUCAAUGAGUGCUCGCAGUACAGCUCUCUCGUUAGAGCUGUGUCGAAACAUGAUUUCGUCGUUGUGGAGAAGUUAUUGGAAUCUCGCCAUGCCACUUUAGAGCGUGUUGCGAGCAUGGAUACGAUGGAGCAGACCAUAUUGUUCCAUGCGAUCUGCUGCAAUUCCCUGUAUGAUAGAAUCCUGGCGCAUGGCUCCGGACAUAUGCUCGCCGCUAAGAAGACCAUCGAGCUAUUGCUGUCCAGUGGGUGCGAGCCUGAUUCUGUUGACGGCGAUGGUACUACGGCCCUUCAUACCGCGGCGGGUUACUGCGAUGUGGAUUUCCUUGACAUGCUGUGCAAACAGAUCGGGUGGGACAAAUUCGUCAAUACGGCAUGUGGAGAGCACGACCGAACGCCUUUGCUUCAAGCUAUCGCCUCCCAAAGGAUAGAAAACGUGAGGUAUCUCGUUAAAAUAGGCGCCAACACGUACCGCAAAACUAAGGGGCAUACCCUGCUUCACAUAUGUGCGGGCGCCGGCGAUGAGGACUUUUCAAUACAAGUGUUACACGCGAUUAGGCUCGAUGGGAGGGUUGAUUUGAACGAGAGGACCACGAAUGACAAUCUAACAGCUUACGAGAUAGCAGUGCUACAGUGUCAUCUAAAGAUAGCAGACCUGUUGGUGGAACACGGCGCUGAUGUCGCCUUUCUUGCGGACCGACAGCCUCCUCUAUUCAGCAACAUUAUAGCAGACCCGACGUGGGAUUCUUUCCGUUCGUUGCAUUACUAUCUGGAGAAGGGAGUCUACCCAUUUGUACUGAAUCCUUCGACAGGAAUCACGGCGCUCCAUAUUGCUGCUUCUGCAAUGGACCUUCUUGGUGAUCCGAAUACUGGAGAUGCAAAGCUGGAGAUGCUGCUCAAGGUCUUCAACGACGUUGAAAAAGUCAACGCUCGUACCAGAGCCCCGUCAGAGCAGGAUGCGCCGCAGGGAGGCCAAACUCCGCUCCAUUUCGCGGCGAAAUUUGGUGUAUAUUUUGCAGCCCGGCGACUGCUGAACGCAGGCGCAGAUUGGAACAUUCGUGACAAGGGGGGAAUGACUCCUGCUGAUCUAGCUCUUCAGCAGCUUUCGUUGCUCAAUCAAUCUCAGAUCAACACACCAAGAGAGUGGGUUAGUCUUUCGAAUCUGAGGUCUACCCAUACUUUAUUGAAGCAAGCUAUGGGAGAAGAGAAAGCAUCUCCAAUGUCGCCGGAAUUAGAAGCACGAGACGUUGUUGUUGGAGAAUAUACACGGUCUAGGUUCUCCAGGCUUGGAUUUAAGACCGAAUGA